AUGAAAUUUGGAUCCUGGAAUGUGAGGGGGUUAAACAACCCUGCAAAGCGUAGAUUGGUUAAGGAUUGUUUGAAGUUUGCUAAAGUAGAUCUGGUGGGUCUUCAAGAGACCAAACUCAACUCUUCUAGAGUCAGUUUUCUUAGAUCCCUGGGAAGUAGUUCUAUCUCCUCUUGGAUCUCUCUAGAUGCAUCAGAGUCCAGGGGAGGGGUUCUUCUAGGUUGGAAUGAUAAUAUUUUCUCUUGCUCCUCCUCAUCAGUUGACAUCUUCUCUGUUGCAGCUAUUCUUACUCAUUCCCCUUCAAAUUGGACCUUUGCAGUCACCUCAGUUUAUGCUCCUUGUGACCCCUCAGACAGAGAGGUCUGUUGGUGGGAACUUAAUAGGACCAGGUCUUCUCAUCCUCAUCCUUGGGUAGUUUUCGGUGACUUUAACAUGACCCUCAGUUUGUCAGAAAGGAGUGGCCGCUCAGGUUCCAUCAAGGACAUAGAUACCUUCAAAAACCUUGUCGCUUCCCUUCAUCUCUCUGAUCUGCCUCUCAGUGGUAGAAAGUUCACAUGGUCUAACUACAGAUCAUCUCCUGUGCUACCAAGAUUCAUGGGGUUCUUUCUCUUCUCAUGGGUCUUCUCCUCUUACCCUUCCUUUCAAGAUCAAACUUAUCAAGAGAAGGAUGAAGUGGUGGAAAAAAAUUGCCUUAGAUCUCAAUUCCACCUUUAUGCUUCUCUAUCGGAGCAGAUUGAUGCUCUUAAUCUGUGUGAAGAAUCCAGAGCUCUAUCUUUGAUGGAAAUUCAGUCUAGGAGCUCAAUGAAAGAUCAACUCCUAGCGCUAGCUCAUGCUGAAGAAGUUAAAUGGAGACAAAGAUCCAGGAUUAAGUGGUUAAAAGAAGGAGAUAAUAAUACCAAAUUCUUCCACAAUUAUGCUUCCCAUAGAAGGAGAAAAAACUUCAUUCCUUAUCUUAUCAGUAAUGGUUCUAUCAUCUCAGAAGAUGUUGAGAUUAAAAGAUCUUUUUUUGAAUACUUUUCAAACAUCUUUCAGCAGCCACCUCAAUCCAGACUGAGCUUGAACUGGUCUGUUCUGUAUCCAGGAAUCAAUCCUGUUUUAUCAUCCUUAGAUCUCCCCUUCUCUUCUAAAGAAAUCAAAACAGCAGUUUUUAGUCUUCAUCCUGAUAAGUCUCCAGGGCCUGAUGAGACGGAUGUUACUGUUUUUUUCAAAAAGCUUUUCUCCAAUCCUCACUCUCUUCAAGAUAUCAACUUCUCUUAUAUCUGCCUCAUCCCAAAAAAAGAUGGUGCAACCUCUCCUUCAGAUUUUAGGCCAAUUAGCCUUUUGAAUAGCUCCUGUAAAAUUUUCUCUAAAAUCUUGGCUAAUAGGCUCUGUGGUGUUCUACAUUUACUUAUAGACCAAUCACAAUCCGCCUUCCAGAAAGGAAAGUCCUCCCUUGAUUCUAUCUUGCUAGCUCAGGAGAUGAUAAAUUUUUGCUCCUCUGCCAGAGGUUUCAGUAAUAGAUGGUGCAGCUGGAUACAUCAUAUUCUUUCUUCAUCUAAAUCAGCAGUUUUAGUCAAUGGCUCUCCUACAAAAUUUUUCCAUUGUCAUAGAGGUCUUAAGCAAGGAGACCCUCUCUCCCCUUUGCUUUUUCUUUUGGUUGCUGAUGUUCUUAAAAAAAUGAUCUCUUAUAGUGCUUCUGCUGGUGAUUUAUCCGAUCUUAAGCUGAAAGGGGAAUUGAACAAUAUUAGGAUGCUGCAGUUUGCUGAUGAUACUAUAGUCUUCUCUAGAGCAUCUUCAGAGGAUAUGAACACUUUAAAAGCCAUUCUUCUCAUUUUUGCAAACAUAUCAGGCCUGAGAGUGAAUUCCAAUAAAUCCUAUCUCUAUUACCUCGGCAGAUUUCCUGGCAGAAAGCAUCUCUUAGCUAGAGCUCUCAGUUGUUCAGUGGGAUCUCUUCCCUUCUCUUAUCUGGGUUUACCCCUUAAGAAGGGUUCCCUUUCUAGAAGAGAAUGGCAGCCUUUACUAGAUUCUUUUUCUAAAAAACUGUCUCUUUGGAAAAAUAAAAAUCUCUCCAUUGGAGGGCGUCUCACCUUGGUUAAUUCAGUUUUAUCAUCAAUCCCUCUCUAUUAUACCUCUUUCUUCAAACUGCCGAAAUGGUUGAUUCAUGAGAUUGACAAGUUAAGAAGGAACUUCCUUUGGAAUGGUAAUACCAAUGCAUCCAAAGCCAAAUGCCUGGUGGCAUGGAAGACUGUAUGUUUACCUAAAAAGGAGGGGGGGCUUGGUGUUAUCGAUCUGACAGUCUUUAAUCAAGCCCUCCUUUCAAAAUGGAUUUGGAAAAUUUUUGAUAGGGAUUCUAUUAUUUCCAAAGUGAUAUUUUCCUUAUACUCCAAAGAAGAUUCAAAUCCUGUUGUGCGGCACCCCAAGAUUCAAGCUUCUAAACUUCUCAAAUACCUCUUUUCCAUUCACCCAGCUUUCUUCAGUUUUGUGAGAUGGAAAGUGGGUAAUGGCAGAUCAUGCAGAUUUUGGCUAGAUAAAUGGUCUAGUCCUAAUUCUUUAGGCAGCCUUUUCCCAAAGGCUUUUAACCUGGCUUUUUCAAAAGAUUGUAAUUUAAGAUCUCAAGGAUAUAUGCUAAAUCAUGUAUGGCAUUGGCAUUUUACCCUCAGAAGAGGUAUCAGCCCAGAAGAGAGACAGGAAAUUCAGAAGCUCUAUUCUCACCUUGAGUCCUUCUCUGGUUCUUUCACCCUUUCUCCUGACAGUCUAUGGUGGCCUCUUCAAUCAUCAGGUAUUUUCACAGUGAAAUCCUUCUAUUCUGCUCUCAUCUCGGGAGGUAGCAAGUCAAGGGUUGGAUUGGGGGACCCUAGAUGUCCUUUUUGUGGUCUUGUUGUCGAAGAGCAGGAUCAUUUGUUUAUUUCUUGCUCUUUUGCUUCAUCCAUCUGGCUGACUCUUUUCCCAGGUUUUAAUGUAGCUUUGUGGCCUACUUCCAUGGAUAGCCUGAUUACCCCUACUGCUCCGCCCCUAAAUGACAGGGAUAUUGGCAUUAUCUGGAAUACGGUGCUCCCUUGCUGUUGCUGGUGUAUUUGGAACUGUCGUAACCAACUUAUCUUUAAAGAUAUCAUGUCUAAUCCAGAGAAUAUAGCUGCUAACGUUGCCAGAUAUACUCUUUUAUGGGCAGGUUCCAAGGAUGACAGACUUACAAGAAGGAUCCGCAGAGCUGCUCUCAAGUUACAAAUCCAAGAAAUUGCGAAGAAAAAAGCAGGUGCUGAUAUGGAUGAAAACUUCCUGGUUGAUUAA